AUGUGCGUCUUCCUUGCUUUAUCCUCAUGCAGCUUGCUGUGCAGAUCAAGCGCCCGAGUCACGUUGUCUGACACCCAGUUUCUUCAUCGACAUCGACAUCUCAGCAUCACAUCUGGUAGUCCUGUUGUCAAGCGAGCCCGCAUUUCUAUCACUCGGAGACGUCCAUCCGACUCCACCGCGUUGUCUUCUCUAGCACGUGUCUCGCAAAUUAUCUCAGCAAGCAGUUCCCGUAUCUCUGCAAACAUCCCCCGGUUGACAACCAUUUACCAAUAUCGAUACCUCAAUGACUCGAUCAUCAAGCAGGAACAGACCAGUACUACUGGGAUUCUUGAACAUCUUUUCCUCGCACGAAUGAGACAGUGUCAACUUUCGACUGCCUACUGA